AUGGUCCACAUCCGGUGCAGCUACAACAACAGGUUCCUCCAGCGACUGUCGGAGACCAAGAGGUGGAUCGCGGCUCUGGCCCUCGAGCCAGAGGACAACCAGACCCUCUGGCAGUCCACGUUGUUCCAACCCGAGUUCGCGCCCAACGACCCCACGGGGAUGGUCCGGCUGCUCCACGUCCAGCUGGGCCGCUACGCGCACUGGCAGGACAACGCCAACAAGUACGUGACCGCGGAGGAGUGGGACCCCGCGGACCCCAAGACCUCGUUCCAGGUCAUCGACCGGGGAACUCUGGUCACGCUGCCCAAACACCUCGCCUUCAGAGGCGACAACAGGUUACUCCUCGGCCUCAGGCCCGGAGUACAGGUGCUGCAGUUCGCGUUUGGCGACGAGAAGGACGAAACCGUCGCCAACCAGAUUGUCCCGCAACCCGAUGGAACUUUCCGCAUCAAGAGCGUCUCCCGCAAAGCGUUCUGGAGGGCGAAUACUCCGAGCGGAUAUCAACACACGUACAUUUGGGCUGAUGACGUCACCACUGCUGACAAUCACACCUUGCAUUCUUCUUUUGCGGCGGUUAAGGUAAACGACAGGACCGUUGCACUCCGCAACCUGGGGAACAACCUCUUCACCCGGCGAUACAGUUACCAAGUAACAGAUGGUCUGACCACCAUCGACUCCCAAAUCACGGCGGUCAACCACCUGGAGCUCGUCGAGCUCGUCGCCUCCAGGAGGAUCAAGAACAUCAAGUUCCACCUCGGCGAGAGCUGGGUCCACGACGAGACGCCGAACGUGGUGCUCAACGAAGGAGAAGAGGUGAGGAACGAGACCGACGAGACCCAGGACAUCGAGGUCGAAAUCUCGUACCUCGACAAGACGAGCAGCACGUGGACGUCCACGAGCUCGUCGUUUAAGGUGGGGCCCGCGAUCAGGGUCCAGCCUCCCCAGAUCCCCUGCGUGACGGACUCGUCGGUGGUCCAGAUGACGAGUCCGUUCGCGCCGUCUUACGUCUGGGGAGAGACCACGGCCGAGAACCCCGACCAGGUGAAGGUCCACGAGGUCACGCUGCCACCGUGGACGAUGGUGACGGUCAAGCUGCUGGCGACAAAGGCUACUUGCGAUGUCCCGUUGACUUAUACUCGGUAUGAUAAGGUGAAGGGGAGGGAGGAGGUUCAUAUCAUGGAGGAUGGUCUCUACACGGGAACGAACUACUUCGACUUCACGUUCGAAGAGUCGCUCCCGCAACCGAUCCCCAAGGAGGAUGAUGAAUAG